AUGCUUAGUAAUCAUAACUUAAUCGACAAAAUCAAAGCGCUAUUCAAAUUUAAAAUCUCAAUCAUAAAGAAGAACAUAAGUGGCCAAUUGCAUAUCCUCCAAAAAAAUAAAAUAACUAAGCCAAGAAACAAAAGUGAGUUAAAAAAAUUACAUUCCCAUAAUCCUUAUCCUAUCAAAUAACCAGCUAAUUUAUAUUCUGACUCAGAUAACUCAGAAAGUGAUUAAAGUGCUGAUGACUAUUUUGGCUCAUAAUAAUCACAGAAUCAACUGAAUUUAUAUAAUAAUGAAUCAGAUUAGGAAGAAGACGAGGAGGCCGAGGAAGAUGAUCAUUCAGAGUAGGAGGAUCAUUACUAAAAUGGAGAUUAAUAUAGUUAGUCAGAUGAUGAAAACGACAACAGUUAUUAUGGAGGAGGAAAUUACGAUAGUUCCAACGAUGACUCUUAUUGA